GAUGCGUUGACCGGGAGGGCUCAGAGGCUGUGCUGCAGGGUGGCGAGUGGUAGGUGAGAGUGGAGGGAUGGGUGGGGUGGUGCGCAUGUGGAUGUGGAUGUAUGGCUUGGUUUUUCCCGGAUUGCGAUGUUUGCAAGGAGGGAUUUUGUGUCAAGGAGGAACACUACAGAGGCGGUUCUUCUAUGUCGGGAGUUGCGUGCAUGGAGAUACCGGUAGACAUGAGUAUAUCGUCGGGGGUUUGGGGGAAUAACAGCGCUGCACACAAGUGCACGGACCUGAGUAUUUUGAUGUACGGUUGUACGGAUGUACUGCGACGUUGCGAUGAUGGGUUUGUUUAUGUACAGCUGUUUUGGCAGGCUGCGGAACUGUGGAGCUUUUCGUCGUACGGGGAAAUGGAUUGUAUGUAAGAAUGGGUUGCUAAAAAGGGUUGGACGGAAGGAGGAGGCUGGACAGCCGAGGAAUCAGAGGUUGCGGGCGGUGGGUGCCGAGGCUGGGGAGCUGGUGGGGUGCAGCGGGGGGAGGUGCGCUACUGCAGCCCUAAUGCGGCAGCGGGGACAGGUUGUUUGUGUGAAGCUGUUGCUGCAAUAGCUGGAAUCGCAAGUCUUGCGGACUCUGGGUGUGCUCGAAUACGAGAGAAUUGUUACCGUGUGCCACCAUACCUUCGCGCACUGAGUGAACAUCGAGAUGUUUCACUUUGGAGGGGACGCGUGUUUGAAGAGAUUGAGCUGUUUUGGCAGACGUAAAAGGGGUCUUUUAACCAGGGGAGUUGCAAUCUCGUGUGGUGCGCGGGGCGCAAAGGAGUUUCGUCGUGAGGCUGCGGAAGCUCGGAAGCUCUUAUAGUCGAUGGAAGGUGCACGGUUCAAUGCGAAGGCGGAGAAUCCGGAUAACGGAUAUGGGCCGUGGUUGUAAUUUGGCUUUGGAUUGAUGUGAGUCGUUGUUUGGAGCAUGUGGGACGUUGCGAUGUGGGGGGAAGUGGGAGUUUUGGGGACUGGUAUACGCCUGUGUUUUGCUUGGACGCGAUUUUGGCUUGGACGCGCCACCCAAACGAGCUCGUAGAUGUAUACACAGAACUAAUGCAGUCGGUGUCGUGCUUUAAGUAUCGUGUUUGGUGAAGGGUCUGUAGAUGUGGCAUUGUUGUUCCGAGCCAAGGAGGAAAUAAGCGCUGAGGGGCUAAGCAUGGUUGCUGAAACAGCAUUGGGUAACAAUGAUAAUAGAUGGCCCUUUCGAGGUCAUCGUGUACCGCUUGGUCAAUGGACCCAUUGUCAGUGGUUAAUGGACCCAUCGUGCAACGGCCAAGGGCAACAGCUUAUAACGUGUCGCCACACUUCUUUGGAGCUGCAUGCUCAGACACCUUCAUAAUCUUUUUUCUUACGCAAGCUAAGUCUGUUGCUAUGGCCAAGCCUCAAAUCUUCCCCCUUGCCGGGGCUGCAAUCCUAGGCGCGGGCUUGGCCCUUGGCUCGAAGUACCUCAUGAAGCUGCGGAGGAAGAAGGUUAUGAGGGUCCUGAUCACAGGCGCUGCGGGCCAGAUUGGCUAUGCGCUUGCCCCUCAAGUGGCAACCGGUGCCAUGCUUGGACCUGACCAGCCCGUCAUUCUGCACUUGCUGGACGUGGAGCCCGCUAAGAAUGCGCUUGAAGGCCUUCGGAUGGAGCUUGUGGAUGGCGCCUAUCCUCUCCUGGAGGGCGUCCUCACCUUCACCGACGUCGCCGCCGCCUGCAAGGACGUCGACGUGGCGGUCAUGGUGGGCGGCUACCCGCGCAAGGCGGGCGAGGAGCGCAAGGACGUCAUGUCCAAGAACGUCUCCAUCUACAAGAGCCAGGCCUCCGCACUCGCCUCCAACGCCUCCAAGGACGUCAAGGUGGUGGUGGUGGCCAACCCCGCCAACACCAACGCGCUUAUCCUGGCGGAGAACGCGCCCUCCAUCCCGCGCGACAACAUCACCUGCCUCACCCGCCUGGACCACAACCGCGCGCUGGGCAGCUCUCCGAGCGCACUGGGUCGCACGUGUCCGCCGUGAAGAACGUCAUCAUCUGGGGCAACCACUCCUCCACGCAGUACCCCGAUGUGAACCACGGGUCGGUGGCGGGCAAGCCCAUCCGCGCAGCCGUGGGCGACGACGCGUGGCUGAACGGCGAGUUCAUCAGCACGGUGCAGCAGCGGGGCGCCGCCAUCAUCAAGGCUCGCGGUCUGUCUUCGGCCCUCUCCGCCGCCAACGCGGUGUGCAACCACGUGCGCGACUGGCUGCGCGGCACCCCCGCGGGCGCCUGGACGUCCAUGGGGGUGGUGUCGGACGGCAGCUACGAGGUGCAGCCGGGGCUGGUGUACUCCUACCCCGUCACCUGCAGCAGGGGCAAGUGGCGCAUCGUGAAAGGCCUCCCCAUCGACGCCCCCUCCCGCGAGCGCCUGCGUGCCACGGAGGCGGAGCUGGUGGAGGAGCGCGACCUGGCGCUGCAGUGCCUGGCGGAGAAGUAGAGGGGAGGGAGGAGGAGGAAACCAGGAAUAUAAGAGGCAGAGGGGAAAGGGGGAGGAGGGAGGGGGCUUAUGGCGUAGGGUGCAGGGGGAUUGGCAGGGGUUGCUGCUGCUCCUGUGAACGGCGUUGCGAGGAGGAAGAGGACGAGGGACUUCGCUGAGGAGAGCCGAUUCUGGUUCCAGGAGCAUAGAAGAAUGUGCAGCGAAGAAUGCGCAAGAAGAAAAAAAGACAUUAUCGUUGCAUUACCAGUUGGUUUCACUGGUUUCUCAAGUCGUGUCAUGUCGUCCAUAGGUGUGCUGUACGACUACCACCCCGGCGCCUGUGUACAUGUUCUCUCUUUCGCUGCUGUGUAUGUGGUUGUGGUUGUCGGCAUGCGUUUGUGCAAACUGGAAGAAAGGACUGCAGCAGGCGGCAUUGCACACACAGGCCCACUCAGGCCCACAUACACGUGCAUCAUGACGGGUCACAGCUGGGGUUGCCACACAUGCAAGCAGGCAUGCAAGGCCUGCACCACUACCACCCCUGGCGCCACCAACUGCGGAAGGAAGGAUGCACGAGUGAGGCUGUUGAGGAGGCGGCACGUACAUGUCGUUAUGCGUACAUGCUCUUCUAUUCUGUCCUAAUGUGUCGGUUUUGAUAUGGGUUUGUAUGCAACAAGCGUGUCGGCGCCCUGAUGACAUACCGGUGCACGGAAUCAAAGAGGCAUCUCGGUUGUGGUUUCUGCCAUGGCACUAGCUGAUGUGCGUGUGCCGUACGAGUACGAGACACACGCAUGUGCACAUGUACUUUUGACUCGCGGGCAUGCACAGCAUUGUGGUGUCUCGUCUGCGUGACCAGAGCGCGGGG